CUACCCUGCAUCACACCACCGUUUGCCCGCCUUUUCUGCCUGCCCGCCCUGUCGCCGGAUCUCCGGACCCCAAGCCGGGCUUCCCAGCAUCCACAGUAUAUCUACACGAUCCUUCCUGCCAGCUCACCAGCGUAACCCACCACAUCCUUUCAUUAAUUGCAACGAUCUCUCCGAGCGAAAUACCUCUUCUCAUAACUUCACCUGCAUCCCGCAAGGACACUGCACCGCCUCUGACCGCCACCCCGAUUCCGAUGCAAAUACCCCAAUACUCCAAUCCACCUUCCUAGUGCUCUGCUUCGAACCUAUACCUACCACAUCUUCUCGACAUACAAUAUAAUACCACCCCAAUGAUGGCGUGGUACUCCCUCCUCCCGCCUACCCUCUCCUACAUCGAAAGCUCGGUAGUGCACAUCUUCAUAUUCCUCGGCUUCGUGACUAUCUUCCCCUGGGCGGCGCUUCUCAUCUUCGAUAUAUGUCUGUAUACGGGGCGCAUGUUGACGUUCGAAUUACCGGUCGUGGGAGGUCGAGCUCGCGGGAAGCAGCGGCCAAGGGCGCCGAGUUUGAAUGAGCGGCCGGAUGGACAGCCUCGAGUACUGGUGGGGUUGAGUGGGAAUACAAGUAGUGGCGGUGUUGGUGGUAGUGGACGGGAUGAGAAGGGGGUAGAAGGGAUGACGAGGAGGGUGGUUGCUCACGUGGAGGUUAAUGGUGGAGGUCAUGGUGGGGAUUGAUAUAUACCUGGGGUGAUGAUUAUAUUUGGGGGUGCGAGUGAGGUAUAAUGGUAUGGAUAUUGAUGGUGAUACCUCCUGGUGAGGGCACAUUCCAUAUCUCCUCCCUUUGAUGACUGAUUUGGUGCAUGAUUUUGAGGCGUGCUUUUGAGGUUCUGUUCAUGUGGCAUUUUUAAUACCCCUGUACCUAUACUAGGUUGUUGCUUUUUCUAUCUUUUUUUUUUUUUAGUUUAGUGGUUGGUUUCUUGUUGAGCAGUUGCUGAGAUACCUACCUACCUGCUUUGCUCAAAGGAUGAGUUUACUUUAUGUCUUUGUUCAGGGGCUGUAUGCUUCGUGAUAUUCCUAUAUGGCUUAUUUCUUUUUCACUUCAGGCCAGAGUUAUUUGCUGAACAUAUCAAAUGUUACCG